CAAAAUGGGCAAUGCUAAAAGUGGAGCGCUUUCCAAAGAGCUUCUGGAGGAGCUGAAGAUGAACACCAAGUACAGCGAGGAGCAGCUUUACGCCUGGUACCAGAAGUUCCUGAACGAGUGUCCGACGGGCCGCAUCAGCCGGGAGCAGUUUGAGAGCAUCUACGCCAGCUUCUUCCCCGACGCCGAUCCCAAGGCUUACGCUCAGCACGUCUUCAGGAGCUUCGACGCCAACAGCGACGGGACGCUGGACUUUAAAGAGUACAUUGUGGCUCUGCAUCUGACAUCCUCAGGGAAGACCGUCGAGAAGCUGGAGUGGGCCUUCGUUCUGUACGACGUAGACAGGAACGGCACCAUCACCAAAAACGAGAUUCAUGAAAUAGUCAAGUCAAUAUUCAACAUGAUCUCCAAAGAAGACCAGAAGAACCUUCCGGAUGAUGAGAAUACUCCUGAAAAACGAACAGAUAAAAUUUGGGACUUCUUCGGGAAAAAAGAAAACGGUAAAAUAACAGAGGGCGAGUUCAUUCAAGGAGUUAUGGACAAUAAGAACAUCCUCCGUCUGAUUCAGUUUGACGAACCACAAAAGGUCCAAGAGAGGCUCAAAGAGAAGAAGCAAUAAUGCUUGUUUGUUUUUUUUAAUUGCUGCUGGUUUGCGUUUUACUGCUAUCUGAUUCUUUUGUUUCAUGUGCGCUGUAAUACUUUUGAUUUGACCAAGAUUUCAAUACAAUCUGUGCCAUGAAAUAUACAUGUAAUAAUGCUGCAGUAGAAAACAUGAAACGAAAUGGACAGUUAAAAAUGGAAAAGCUGGAUAUCUAGACACUGAGUUUUCAGUGAAAUACACAGAUACAAUCAGCCCACUGGCAAAAAAGGGUCAAAGACGCGGUUACAUUCACAAUCAUCGCCGAUCAUGUGCUGUGAAACCAUAUGCAAAUGAUGUAAAUAAUCCACAACUUUGCUUCACACUCAUUUGCUCAUGAAUAAAACGCUAUAUGUAACAGUGAUGCAAACGGUUUCAUUUUAGUAUUCUACUAGUACUACUAAUAGUAUACAUGCAUACACUAUACACUAGUAUACAUGCAUAAAAAUUAAGACACAGAGGGUUUUUCCAGAUAUGGGAUUUUCCAAUAGGCCGUUUGACCAAAUAAACACACAACGAGGGAGAAAUUUGUUAAUUAAUUUUGUUAAUUUAAUUGCACUGCCUUUGCAAUGUAAAAAAAUAUAUUUUUAAACUCAUUAAAAUGCAGAUUAAGAUGCAAAUCAAUGUGUAAUUAAAACAGUGGCUCUCAACUGGUGCAUUUUGACAAAAAAUGCAAGAAAAAAAAAUACAAAUCUAAAUGCAAUAAAUUAUCUAGCAUAGUUAGGAGAACAAAUUUGAUAACAUUACCACUUUAGCAUAUUGUUGGAUCUAUGGCAACAUUAAAGGGGUCAUAUGAUGCUGCUAAAAAGAACAUUAUUUUGUAUAUUUGGUGUAA